AUGCAGAUCUUCGUUAAGACCCUCACUGGCAAGACCAUUACCCUUGAGGUUGAGUCUUCUGAUACCAUCGACAAUGUGAAGUCCAAGAUUCAGGAUAAGGAGGGUAUCCCCCCCGAUCAGCAGCGUCUUAUCUUCGCUGGUAAGCAGCUUGAAGACGGUCGCACCCUCUCCGACUACAACAUCCAGAAGGAGUCGACUUUGCACUUGGUUCUCCGCCUCCGCGGUGGUAUGCAGAUCUUCGUCAAGACCCUCACCGGCAAGACGAUCACCCUCGAGGUUGAGUCCUCCGAUACUAUCGACAACGUCAAGUCCAAGAUCCAGGACAAGGAGGGUAUCCCCCCCGACCAGCAGCGCCUCAUUUUCGCUGGCAAGCAGCUUGAGGAUGGCCGCACCCUCUCCGACUACAACAUUCAGAAGGAGUCGACCCUCCACUUGGUCCUCCGCCUCCGUGGAGGCAUGCAGAUUUUCGUCAAGACCCUGACCGGCAAGACGAUUACCCUGGAGGUGGAGUCCUCAGACACAAUUGACAACGUCAAGUCCAAGAUCCAGGACAAGGAGGGCAUUCCCCCCGACCAGCAGCGCCUCAUUUUCGCCGGAAAGCAGCUCGAGGAUGGCCGAACGCUGUCCGACUACAACAUCCAGAAGGAAUCCACCCUGCACUUGCGGAUUUGCGCGCCGGCGACUACGACAGCACCCACAGACGAGCGUCAGCCCGCAGGGUUGCGAAAGGCUAUGCGGUCCUUCUUUUACCACUUGAAGUUUGAGCUCUACCCGACUCCCAGCCCAACGGACGGCCAGUCUAAAGGCAAAACGCAUACUUCUUCGACAGGCCAAGAAGUUUGGCUUCCGCCGAAAGGGAUCGACAUCUUCGACGAGCUUCCGACACAUUCUAGGAAAUCCGCAAAGAAAUCCUACGUUCACAGACCGCAACCCUCGCCGUUGCAGUCAUACGAAACACCCCUUCCCGCCGACACCUACCGAUCGAACACACAAGUGCAUAAUACCUCCGGCAACGCUGGCCUGAUUGACUGCGGCCCCUCGAGAGCACCUGUAAAGGAGGACAGUGGUGGAAACCUCGAACGGUUGACCGAAAGGCAGUGGAGAGCGCGCACCCAGAGCUUUCCACCUCCGCCAUCGUCCGCCGCGAUUCGGCCAGAAACGGCUGUUAGAGACUGGAGGUUUGGGCAGCUGAGCAUACAGAGCAUCGACUUGCACGACGAGCGUCAGCGAGAGCAAAUGACGGCAGAAGCGGCUAGCUCGUCGGCCGCGCUCGGCGUGGGCCCGACGUUCGCGGGGACGUCAACGAAGGCGAAGUACGUGCCGCUAGAGACGAAGAAUACGGAGGUUGGCUGGGGUGUGGUACACUUCUACCGUGAGGAGGAGGAGACACCAGAGUUAGGUCUUGACCCGUCCGAAGACGAUGGAGUCAAAGAGGUAGAUUGCACCACCAUCUGCAUACCGGCAGUGCCGAGCUACCUCACACCAGGUGAUUUCCUAGGAUACGUGGGUGAAAAAUGGCGGAACGACAUCAGCCAUUACCGGAUGGUCAUGACCGCCAGGAUGAACCGGUAUCUGGUCCUUCUCAAGUUCCGCAACAGUGAGCGCGCACGGAAGUGGCAGAGGGAGUUUGACGGCAAGGUCUUCAACAGCAUGGAGGCCCAGGUUUGUCACGUCGUGUUCGUCAAGUCUAUCACUUUUGAGACGCCGACAAGAGAAAAUCGCACGUUCCCGGACCUCAACCACGAUCCGUUUACACCAUCCUCUUCCGUCGCCGCGUCGAGCAGCCUCAAACCCUUCCCUCCUCCCACACCAAACCUCGUCGAAUUACCUACUUGCCCGGUGUGCUUAGAACGUAUGGACGACACAACCGGCCUCAUGACGAUCCCCUGCCAGCACGUCUUCCACUGCAAUUGUCUCCAGAACUGGAAGGGCUCAGGAUGUCCCGUCUGCAGACACACAAACCCCGAAACCACAUACGACCCGUCGAACCCGUAUACCCAACCGUUUGGUUCCUCCGUGUCAAAUCUCUGUAGUUCAUGCGACUCACCAGACGACCUCUGGAUCUGCCUCAUUUGCGGAAACGUCGGCUGUGGUAGAUACAAAGGUGGCCACGCAAAAGAUCACUGGAAAGAGACGGCACACAGCUUCGCGCUUGAACUCGAGACGCAGCAUGUCUGGGAUUAUGCGGGCGAUACCUGGGUUCAUCGCCUCAUCCGCGACAAGGGCGACGGCAAGGUCGUUGAGCUGCCAGGUAGCAAUGGACAGCACCACCGACCGGAAGGAGGCUACGAGGAUGUAGUGCCGCGGGCAAAGUUGGAUAACAUCGGUCUAGAGUACACGCAUCUUCUAACCAGUCAACUUGAGUCGCAGCGGGUGUACUUUGAGGAGAUGCUCAGCAAGGUGGCGGACAAGGCGUCAAAGGCCGCCGCAACGGCAGAAUCGGCCUCCGCACAGGCUUCAGCCGCGCUGGAAGAGAACGUGACUCUCAAGACGGAACUUGAUCGUCUCAAGAUACAAGUCAUCCCACAGCUAGAACGGGACGCAGAGCGGGACAGAAACAAAGCCACCAAAGCGCAGGAACUCGCACGAAACCUCGGCAAGGCUCUACAAGAAGAAAAGGAGGUCACUCAGGGGCUGAUGAAGCGUGUAGAGCACAACAACACCGAGCUCGAGGCGUUGAAGAAGAAGGACGGCGAGUACAAGGCGCAGAUUGCGGAUUUGGAGGAGAUGAAUCGGGACUUGACCAUGUUUAUUUCUGGGCAGGAGAAGCUCAAGGAACUGGAGAACGAGGGCAAGCUCGAGGCUGGUGAGGUCGCUGAAGGCAGCGUUAGCGUUGCGAAGAAGGGCAAGCGGAGAGCCAAGAAGUGA